AUGGGCGGCGUUCUUUCAAUUCCAUUCAUGGCCCUCCCGUCGGUGUCUAUCAUCGGCUCAUGGAUUGCCUCGUGUUGCGGUGCAGCCUUAUGCUCUGCCUUGUGUUCCGCGUGCGGCAAGUGCUCCUCCUCUAUCGCCACGCGUGUUGGCUACACCAUUCUCUUUUGUAUAAACUCCAUUCUCUCAUGGGUCAUGCUCACUGACUGGGCCGUCAAAAAACUCGAGCAUCUAACUUUUGACUAUGUCCAUCUGCGCUGCGGGUCCAGCGAAGACUCCCAGUGUUAUGGCUUUGCUGCUGUUCAUCGUAUUAACUUUGCUCUAGGACUUUUCCACCUUAUCCUCGCCCUGCUUCUUAUUGGCGUCCACUCUACUCGUAACCCGCGUGCAAAAAUCCAAAAUGGAUUCUGGGGGCUUAAGAUCCUGGCAUGGAUGGCCCUUAUUGUCAUUUCCUUUUGUAUCCCAGAUUCCUUUUUCGUCAUUUGGGGGAACUACUUUGCCACUUUUGGCGCCAUGCUCUUUAUCUUUAUCGGUCUUGUACUGCUGGUCGACUUUGCUCACUCAUGGGCUGAAACUUGUCUCGAACACAUUGAAGAUUCAGAGUCCCGUGUUUGGAAAGUCGUCCUUGUCGGAUCCACUCUUAGCAUGUAUAUUGGUGCUUUGGCCUUGACCAUUCUCAUGUACAUUUUCUUUGCCUCCUCUGGGUGCUCCAUGAACCAGGCUGCAAUCUCUAUCAACAUGGUCUUUGCCAUCAUUGUUUCCCUAUUUUCCGUCAACCCCAAAGUCCAAGAAGCAAACCCGCAGGCUGGUCUUGCCCAAGCUUCAAUGGUCGCCGUAUAUUGCACAUACCUUACAAUGAGUGCUGUUGCCUCUGAACCUGACGACAAGUCUUGCAACCCUCUUAUUAGGUCCAAGGGCACUCGCACAGCCAGCAUUGUCCUUGGUGCCAUAUUCACCUUUUUGGCCAUUGCAUAUACCACCACACGUGCGGCCUACCAGACCUCCACGUCCACAUCUCCUGGUGGUCGUAAUUAUAGUGGCUACGAACCUAUUCAGUCAGAGCACGGCUUGGUCACAACCCAGCCCUCGCGUCGCGAAAUGCGGAUCCAGGCCAUUCGUGCAGCUGUCGAGAGUGGAUCGCUCCCACCAUCUGCUCUUGACGAGCAGUGGUCCGAAGAUAGCGAUAGUGAAAGUGAAGGUCCCGGCGGAGCUUAUGGUGACGAUGAACGUGGAGCCACCAAGUACAAUUACGUUUUUUUCCAUUUAAUUUUCCUGCUGGCUACUCAGUGGACUGCCACCCUACUGACCACAAAUGUCCAGAAGGACGAUCUGGGUGACUUUGCACCUGUGGGUAGAACAUACUUUUCGUCCUGGGUCAAGAUUGUCUCUGCAUGGAUCUGCUAUGCACUUUAUACUUGGACAUUGCUGGCGCCAGUGCUACUACCUGACCGGUUCUGA